AUGUGGCUCUCCGGUGCCUGUUCUCUGCUAUGGCUGCUGGCAGCAUGGGCCGUGGGGACGCGAGCAGCCGUCGAGGCAGAUACUUCUACGAAGAGUAUACCGCUGCGGACACACAGCCUUGCACCUCCAUAUCUUGACUCCGACAUGUCGAGUCGAUGGUUCGAUUUUGGUGGCGACGCCAUCAUACGAGCAGACCAAUAUAUACGAUUAGCCUCCGAUCUCCCUUCGCGGUCGGGCUGGAUCUUCUCCAGAAUACCAUUGACAGCGACGAAUUGGGAGGUGGAAUUUGAAUUCUCGAUAUCGGGAUCAGGUCAUCUACACGGCGACGGGUUUGCGUUGUGGAUUACCAAGGAGAGAGCUCAGCCUGGCCCGGUAUUUGGUCAUGCGGACCGAUUUGAGGGACUGGGCAUCUUCUUCGAUACCUACAAGAACCACAGACCAGGAGUGGUGUUUCCAUACGUGAUGGCGAUGAUGGGGGAUGGCAAGACCACGUAUGACUCGGCGAACGACGGCAAGGCGAAUGAGAUUGGUGGUUGUUCGGCUCGAGGACUGCGUGGCGCGUCGAUUCCUGCGAAGGCCAAAUUGACCUACUUCCAAGACAAGUCACUCUCACUACAACUUCAAUACAAAGCGGCGGACUCGUGGAUUGAUUGCUUCACCCUCGAGCCCACCGAAGAUCAACCACUGAAGAUGCCCAAUACGGCAUAUCUGGGAUUCAGCGCGCACACGGGCGAAUUGUCGGAUAACUUCGACAUUAUCAGCGUGGAGACACGGAAUCUGUACAACCCUGUGGCGGCGGACGCGGGAAGACGUACCGCCGCCGCCGCCAGAGCCAAGGGCCGGGCCAGAAGAGAAGGAAAGAGCGGCGGAUGGGGAUGGUUCUUCUUCAAGAUCAUUCUGUUCGCGGGUCUGGUUGGGGGAGGCUAUGUUGGGUACACCCAGUACAAGGAGAAGCAGCGGUACAAGGGAUUCUAG